CGUAAAAUAUGGAUGGAAGAAUGGAAAAGUAGAUCUUCAUAAUGAAACAUCACAUUAGUGAACUUAAUUCCAGUAAGCUAGAAGUCAAUAUAAGCGUUCAAAAUGAGUGAAAUCCAACCAAGCUCCAUCUCUGGUGUGAUGGAAGACUGGAAUGGUACAGUGAGAGGAGAGUGUCCCUCAGAAUCUGGUCAUGAGGAUUCUGCUCCCCAGGAGGAGGAUUCUACAACUAGGUUUCAUGUCGAUAGGACACUUAUUCCUUCUGCACAACUCGCAGAAAUGAAUGAAGACAGUGAACUGGGGGAUCUUGGGCUGACUGUCUUCAAUCAAGAAGAAUUUGAGGAAGAUGUAAUGGCUCAGGUAGAUAUGGCCUUGGCUAAAGAAGAGGAAGAACAACAGAAAAAGAAGCUUCAAAAGGAAGAGACAGACAUCAAAUAUGAUAUAGCCAAAGUUAAGAAAGAAGUUGAAACUAUGGAUAAAGUUUUGUCAACUCUGGGAAAUGCAGUGGGAAACAGUCAUGUAAGAAACAGACUAGUCUCUGUCCAGAAUCAGAGAGAAAAUAAGUUAAGUCAACUGAAAACUUUGUAUGCAAGACAACGUGCACUACAGAUCAAGAUAAAUGGGACCUCAGACAUUCCACAGGAUGUUUUUAAACAAGAUGGAGCUGCACUGAACAAGCUACUAGGACUGAGUUCUAAAUCAGAGACAGAAAAAGAAAAGAUGAUCAGACUGGGACAGAUGACUCCUUUUGGAACUGUUGUCUCAUCAUCAACAGAAAAGGAUCCAAAGUUUACAGGGGAGGGUGUGAAUGAGAAUGGAUCAUCAAAGGAAACAAUAAGUAAUAAAGAAACUCAUGAAAGCUCAAAUUCUUCUGUCAGCCAUGGAAUGAUAGACUCACCAGCUUCAACGUCACAAAAUACAGACAGAUCUGAAAACUUUUUUGACUCGAGAGACAAGAAAUCUUACCGGAAUGAUGUGGAGGGGGCAUUUUACAAACACAAUUACAGAAGUAAGAGGAGAUACUCUAGGAUGUCCAGGAAUUUCCGUGAAGAUUCAGCCUUGAGUGAUGAAGAGAACUGUUACUAUGAUGACCCAGAGGGUUACUUGUCAGAGGGGGAUGAGUAUCGACCAGAGGAGGGGGAACUCAUGAGACCAAGCUCCGAGGACUCAGGUUUAGAGGAUGAACCAGACAUAUCAAGUAAUGAUUUACUAAAUUAUUUUACUGGGUGUAAGAAACGGAAGAAAAAGAGUACAAUAAUAAAGCCGAAGAAACCUCCAAAGUAUUUUGUGUCAAAUGAAGAUGAGGACUUUGCUGUUGCAAGCAAAAGGAAAAUUAAUCGAGACAUUGCAGAGCGAAAAGGCAAAGAUGAUGGGGAUGAAGAUUUCUAUCACAGCCGUAUUGAGGAAUUUAACAAACUUGAGAGGAAGAGUUUAAAGAGGGUGGAUACUGGGGAGAUUGAGGAGGAGCUUGAUGAAGAACUGGAGGGAGGGCUCCGAGUACCGGGCAGAAUCUGGUCCAAGUUAUUCAAUUAUCAGAGAGUUGGUGUGAGCUGGCUGUGGGAGCUGCACUGUCAGUCAGCAGGGGGGAUAAUUGGAGACGAGAUGGGACUGGGCAAGACCAUCCAGAUGAUAGCCUUCCUGGCAGCCCUCAGGCAGAGCAAAAUAGUCUCCAAGCACUUCAAAUACCGUGGUUUAGGGCCUACAGUCAUUGUAACACCAACAACAGUUAUGUCUCAGUGGGUUAAAGAGUUCCACAAGUGGUGGCCAUUGUUCAGGGUGGCCAUCCUGCACUCCUCUGGGUCCUUCACUGGGAAUGAGGAGGAGUUGGUACGGAGUAUUGUGAAGGAUAAGGGGGUCCUUAUCACUUCUUUCAGCACCCUGGUCAUCCAUCAGGACAAGAUCCUGCCGUAUGACUGGCAUUACGUGGUGCUUGACGAGGGCCACAAAAUUAGGAACCCAGAUGCUCAAGUAACGCAGGCGUGCAAACAGUUUCGGACUCCACAUAGAAUCAUUUUGUCUGGUUCCCCGAUCCAGAACAACCUGAAGGAGUUUUGGUCCUUGUUUGACUUUGUGUUCCCUGGAAAACUUGGCACAUUGCCAGAUUUCCUGCAGCAUUUUUCAAUUCCUAUAGUUCAGGGAGGAUAUGCCAAUGCCACAGAAAUGCAGGUUCAGACAGCCUACAAAUGUGCUUGUGUGUUAAGAGACACCAUCAAUCCAUAUUUACUGAGGAGGAUGAAAGCAGAUGUCAAAAUUAACCUUCCAAGUAAAAAUGAACAAGUACUGUUCUGCAGAUUGACUGAUGAACAGAGAGACGUGUACCUAGAAUAUCUCCAGUCAAGAGAGUGUCAGGCUAUUCUGGCUGGGAAAUACCAGAUCUUUGCUGGCCUGAUCACCCUGAGGAAGAUCUGUAAUCACCCAGACAUUUGUACAGGUGGACCCAAGCUUUUCAUUGGUGAGGACAGCCAGGGAGACCCAUCCCUGGAGUAUGGCUACUGGAAACGUUCAGGAAAGAUGAUUGUCGUGGAGGCGCUGCUGAAGUUAUGGAAACAACAGGGACACAGGGUUCUACUCUUCAGUCAGAGUAGAGCGAUGUUGGACAUUUUAGAGUCUUUCACACAGAGUCGUAACUACAGUUAUCUCAGAAUGGAUGGUGGUACACCCAUCUCAUCACGACAGGCCAUGAUAACCACUUAUAACCAGGAUCCUUCAAUCUACCUGUUUUUGCUGACCACACGAGUGGGUGGGUUGGGUGUAAAUCUGACAGGGGCCAACAGGGUGAUCAUAUUUGACCCUGAUUGGAACCCAAGCACAGACACCCAGGCCAGAGAAAGGACCUGGAGGAUUGGUCAAACCAAACAAGUCACUAUAUACAGACUCCUGACCUCUGGCACCAUAGAGGAGAAAAUCUACCACAGACAAAUUUUCAAGCAGUUUCUGACCAACAGAGUCUUAAAGGAUCCAAAACAGAGGCGGUUCUUCAAAUCCAAUGACCUUUAUGAAUUGUUUGAACUUGGAAGUAAAGGCAAUAAAGAAGGAACAGAAACGGGAGCAAUCUUUGCUGGAACAGGGUCAGAGGUCAAGAGAUCAGAGGUCAAAGAGAGAGCCAAUCGGUUUGAUGUUCUUCAAGAUAAAAAGAAGGCUGAAGCAGUGAAAGAAGAAGAGGAUGACACAUACUUUGAUGAGAGUGAAAUCAAAAGAAUGAGAGAGCUGGCAAAAAUGCUCAGUUCUAAAUUAAUGAAAUCAAAGUCUUCUGAAAAAGUGCCACACAAUGGUAGUGCCAUAACAAACAAUACUGCAGGUAUCUGUUCAGUGGAAUCUAAGAAUAUUGUUCAUAUGAAGAGUGACAGUUCUGCUCAUGGAUCUGAAGAUUCUAAGGACUCUGUUCAAAGCAGCAUAAUGGAGAGUGAGUUACCAUCCACAAGCAGUCAAGGUUGUUCUCAGAUAUCAGUCAGGCUUGACUCUAAUGACAGGGAUUGUCAUGAUAAACAAAGUGAUACAGCCAAGUCUAGUCCUCAUCACCAAAAAAAAUCAUCAUCUAAAGAUAAAUCUCAUCACAGACACUCCCACCAUAAAAAACAUCACAAACAUCAUAAACAUAAGCAUCGGAAGCGGGUCAGAGAUGCAGAAUUUGAGGGGAAGAAGAUACCUCAUCUUGUUAAACAGGAUGUGUACAAACAGAAUCAGGAGAAGGAGGAGGAAGAGAAGAAGAUCAUGGAUGAUUACGUCCUCCACAAACUCUUCAAAAAAGGUAUAGACACUGCAAUGAAGCAUGAUGUGAUUAUGGAUCCUUCCAAGCAUGACUACAUGAUUGUGGAGAAUGAAGCUGCUAGAGUUGCCAAGGAAGCUGCUCAAGCUCUGAAGAGGUCAAGGUCAGCCUGUAACUUAGCAAUCACAGGACUGCCUACCUGGACUGGCCAAUCAGGGGUCAAAAAGCCAAGAUUUGGACAGAAGAAGAAUAGCAUGUUGAUCGACUCCACAAAGAAACAGGAGACACAACCUACUGCUUCAGUGUCCACUUUGAAAAAAUCUGAUUCAGACCCACCUGUGAAGCAUUUUGAUGGUUCUCUGGUAGGCAACGUGGUGAAAGAUCUAAAAACAGGACAAUCUUCAUCGAGUUCUAUGACUUCUGACCUCUUAUUGAACCAGAUGAAGAAGAGAAAUGAGCUAGUGGCCACAGCCGGUGAUGAAGAGGAGGAUGACAUGGGAGAUAACUCCACAAACCCUGUGAUUGAUUCAGACUCUUACAAACUUAUCUCAGAAAUUAAAAACUUUAUUCUGUUUGGGUGUAGUAUGAUUGGCAAGGCUUCUACUCAGGAGAUUCUGGAUGAGUUCGGCCCGAAGCUUCCUCCUUCCAACUCCUCCUUAUUUAAAGCCAUGUUGAACAAAAUAUGUGUGUUUGAACGAAAUAAUGGCAUAGGAUUCUGGAAACUGAGAAAUGAAUUCCGUUGAAGAUAUAUGUACUUGAGGUUGAAAUGCACAAUCUUGUUUACACCAAAUUACCUUCUUAUUUUCAGGGAGUUCUUUUGCAAUAAUUCUUUAUUUUGAAGUUUGUAUUUUAAGGGUGCUUUGAAACUUUUUAUGAAUGUUUUGCAGGCUUUAUUGGCAUGCAUACACUAUAUUUGUAUGAUAAAAGUAUAAUAUGACUAUCAUUAAAGGAUACCAGGUUGUUUUUUUUCUAAAUGUUAACAAUUACAAGUUAAAUUCAAUUUUGAUACAGAAUUCCAUUGCGAAAUCAGGGAAAAUGCGCAAGUGUUCAUGAUAUGAUAG